UUCGAGCACGUGGGCAGCAGAAGGGAAUACAGGAAGAACUGCAGAUUCGCAGAAUGGCGGUGUUUGUAGACUUGAACAUUGUGAAUACAGACAUUAAGAAACUGCAAAACAUUAUCGAAAUGGCAGCACACCUUGGUUACUCUACUGUUGCCAUCAAUCAUGUUGCAGACUUUGAAAAAAAGAAAAUGGAAAUUGCCAAACCAAUAUCCACAACAGAAUUAUUUCCAUCACCACCAAUUGUACAGGGAAAAUCCAAACCAAUCAGAAUCCUUACCCGACUUACAGUUAUAGCCUCAGACCCAUCUCAUUGCAAUGCUCUGAGAUCAACGUCUCCUACUGCCAGAUUGUAUGACAUCGUUGCUGUAUAUCCUAAGACAGAGAAGUUGUUUCAUGCUGCUUGCACCAGUAUAGAUGUGGACUUGGUAUGCAUCAACAUAACUGAAAAACAUCCAUUCUAUUUCAGAAAACCACCUAUAAAUGCGGCAAUAGAGAGAGGAAUCUUCUUUGAGCUGAUUUAUACUCCUGCAAUCAAAGACUCAACAAUAAGGAGAUACACAAUAUCCAAUGCACUCAAUUUGAUGCAGUUCUGCAAAGGAAAGAACAUAAUUAUAUCAAGUGGUGCAGAGAAGCCCAUGGAAAUGAGAGGACCAUAUGAUGUAGCCACAUUAGGUUUGUUGUUUGGGCUAAGCGAAGGAGCCUCCAAAGCUGCUGUAUCUACGAAUUGCCGAGCUGCACUCCUCCACGGUGAAACACGAAAGACUGCUUUUGGCAUUGUAUACAGUGUGAAGAAACCUUUGUCUGAAGAGGAGUCAGAGCCUGUUUCCAAAAAACCCAAAAAGGAGUAGCUUUUGUGCAUAUUUUGCAGCGAUUAUUUAUAGUGCAGAAAAAUGGGAUGUAUUUGUCCCAGAGAACACAGUGUUUAGACGGUUGUGAUACUGUUUAGUGAUCCAGCAUCUUCUUACAGUAAGUUGAAGGUUUCCGCACCAUCUUUCCUGUUGUAUUAUUCCUGAAGGAUGUUUUUGGACUUGGAAGAAUAUGUAGCUGUAUGUCUUGCUU